UUUUUUGUCUGAAUUUCAGAUUGAUACAAUUACCUAGUGUAGGUCAGUUGGAGUGUUUUUUCAGCCUUGGAUCAGAAAUGUAGUCUACCAACAAAAAGAAGACGAGAAAGAUGCGCGGACAUGUCAGCCAUGGGCAUGGUCGCAUUGGGAAGCAUCGUAAACAUCCCGGUGGACGUGGUAACGCUGGUGGUCAGCAUCAUCAUCGAAUCAAUUUCGAUAAAUAUCACCCGGGUUACUUCGGAAAAAUCGGUAUGCGAAAUUUUCACGUAAAAGCAUCGAUGGAUUGGUGUCCGAUUAUCAACUUGGACAAAGUUUGGUCACUCGUGUCCGAGAAAACCAGGGAAGCCUACAAGAACCAUCCAGAUGGCAAAGCCCCCGUUAUUGACGUUGUGAAAGCCGGGUUUUCUAAGGUUCUGGGGAAGGGCUUGUUGCCCAAGCAACCGGUCAUCGUGAAGGCGAAAUUUUUCUCUAGGAGAGCUGAGGAGAAAAUCAAGGAAGUUGGUGGUGUUUGUGUACUCACCGCCUGAUUUCUCUCGCUUUUGUGCCCUUGAAAGUGAAUACACACCAUGGGGUUCAAAGUC